AUGGAUUUCCAUCUCGGCAUCAUGCCAUUGCCCAGCCUGCAAGGCUGCUUGCUCCGUCUACGUGCUCCCACAGCGACGGUGACGGUGACUCGGUGGCGGGAAACUAGCGCCCUUGGGAAAAGGCGGCAGCUCACGCGCUACUUUUGGCGCACCGCUUUCGGCGCGCCUAUAAAUUGCGGCGCUUGCCACGCGGCUAUUCUCUCACUCUCUCUUCCUCUUCCGCUGCCACGCGCGCCUCCCCCGCUUCCUCAUUGCUUCCUCGCCACUCCAGCGCCCCACCACCGACGCGCCACCAUGCCGCCGCGCCGCCGAGGAGCGUCGGGCUACUGCGGCGUCCGUGAGCGCCCCAACGGCUCGUACUACGCCGAGAUCCGGUCCGGCGAUGUCCGGCUCGGCCUCGGCACCUUCCAGACUGCGCACGAUGCCGCCCACGCGUACGACGCGGCGGCGUGGCGCCUAGACAGGCCGCGCGGGCAGAUGAACUUCCAGGACGUCCACACACGCAAGCAGGCGCAAGACGUCGCCCCUCCGCCUCGUCUUAUCACGGAUCAGGACCGUGCGGAGCACGCUCGGUGGCAGCGCCGCCUCCUCAUCGCCGAGGAGGACGAGCGGGCCAUGGCGGAGUGGGUCCGGCGCCACCCGGAGGACGUCGCCGACGAGAAAGCCUACUGGGCGGAGCAGACGGCAAAGCGCCGCACGGAUCAGUUGGACAGGCGUCGGCGGAUGGCCCUAGCGUUAUCGCAGUGCGAUAUCGUUGAAAAUGGUGGGCAGUCAAUCUUUUCGGCUAAUGAUCCUUGUUGGGACGACAUGUGGCUCGAUACCUCGGACCAGACCAGCGAGGAUGAUGAUGAUGAUGACGAUGACGACUGGGAGUAG